GGAACCAACCGCAUCUGUCAUCUUCAAGCCAUUAGACCAAUUGCAGGGUGAAGGGGGAGGGAGUUUGCCGAACUGAUCUCUGUUUGCAGCAUCCCUAGAGCAGCCACUGUUGUGUGAAAUACAAGAAAGGGCAAGACAGGGGGAGUAGAUCCUCGGAGACAAUCUAAGAACGGGAGGGGGAUCUCUUGGAGGCUGCCAGGAUAGGGUUACUUUGGUGUGUGGAGUCCAUCUUCAGAGAAAAUGGCUGUUUUAUCAGUGUAAACAGCCUGAGCAGUACCUGCAUUGGUAAAGGGGGGAAACAGAAGAAGAGGAGGAGGAGGAGGAGGAGGAGGGGCAGCUGCUGAAGGAAAUGCUGCCUCUUCCAAUGAAAAUUUCCCUUCUCUAGCCAGCCCUGGCCUCUCCGCAGCUCACCUCUGAAGUCAUGUAUUUUGUAUGUUAAGGUUUUAUUCUCCAGAUUAUAUGGCCAGCGAAUUGUCAAUGCCGUAGCAGACCUCGUACCAGAGGGAAGACACCUAUUCUGACCAUGAGUCACACUAGAUGCUGAGCGGCACAGCAACAUCCACACAGAAAUUGAAAUUACAUCCUUCAGUUGAAACAGUUACACCUGACCAUGGCUGCAACUGCAGCUAAGACAACUACAAGUUUUCUCUCCACAUCUGCCACGACCACAGCAGUCCCCUUCCUCUCGACAAGCUCAAGUGCCAGAGACAAUGUCACCUCCAGAACAACAUUAAUGACUGUUACUAUAACGACAAACGAGACCAGCUUCAAUGCCACCACAUUUCCAGAGCCGGUGAUUGAGAGCUCAGGAAUGGGAAUGGUGCUUGUGCCGUUUGGCAUCAUCACUGUCAUUGGCUUAGCAGUGGUCAUUAUGCUGUAUAUUCGGAAGAGGAAGCGGCUUGAGAAGCUAAGACACCAACUCAUGCCCAUGUACAACUUUGACCCGGCUGAAGAACAAGAUGACCUGCUGGAACAGGAACUACUAGACCACGGCCGGGAAGGCAGCCUCACAGGUCCCAAUGCCAAGUUUUGACAAUGGCUUAAUGAUAAAAGGCAAACAUGGUAAAGUAUCACCUGCGUGACUUUUGAACCAUCUCUCUAAACCUUCUUUUUUCCCCUCACAAUUCCCCUUGUUUCACGCUAUUGUCACAGUCUCAGUAUCUCAAACUACAACAACAAAACAAACCAAACAGUUUGUUAAAUGUUUGUAAAAUUUUUUAUAUGAAUUAAUUUUAUGUAAACUAAUCUAUUUAAAGUAUAUUUAACAGAGGACACACAUGUACACACUUAACCUGUGAACCUCCAUAUUAAACUUCAUCCUUUCCUUUCUGCUCCUUCUACUUAAUACUUUUAACAUCAAAUAUUCCAGGGGCCACAUGAGCACAAAAAGUAUGCACCUUUUGCGUUAUUUGCAAAUAAUCCAGUAUGAUGCAUGUACUAAACACACCAUCACAUGUCAAUGACUUCCGGAGAUAAAUAAAAUAAACAGCCAGAGUGAUAUGUUGAGAAGUACUGAUAAAGAAAAGCAAGUAAAUGCAGUUUUAUUUAUUUUAUGAUAUUCUAGUGAUUUCCAUUCAGUAGCCAGAGUUUCAAAACAUGAACUGAAGCUCAACAAGUCAAGCUCAAGACCCACUUACUAGCUUCUUCUGUAGCCUUCAAUUGUCUCUCACACAUAGCAACUGAAUGCAAGCCAUGACAACUGAGUAAAUCUAUUCGUUGAUGAAGUACAUGAAAUGAAGUUGAAAGCCUGCAAAAUAGGUGGUAAGUGGACCUUAGUUAAUAUUAUUUGUGUCAAAUGCCAUGGUGAGCACUGAGAAGAAUGUAUGCCGGCAUUUUUAACACAUUUUAAUUUGUCAUUUUUACACAGUGAACUCACUACAUACUCCGAACUGUUUGCAUACUUUAUGGUUUUAUACAUGUGGCCUCAGGUCCUAACAUUUUCUCUGGUUUCAGCCUAUUUAGCUGUUUUGAUGGUUCCUAUAGUUAAACAAACAUAAUAUUGCACCGAUACAACUAGUUGUCACAGUUUCUUACAUUUCAAAGCUGGAGUCACUAUGUCACCUUAUUGUCAUUAACAGUAUUAUGUCCU